AUGGCCACCCUCUCUGUCUACGGUGCCGAUUUCUCGGUCACCAAGCAGAAAGCCAUCGAGGAUGCCAAGAAGAUGCAACUGUUGGUCGUAGAGGAGAGCAAAAAGGCCGGCAAGGAUGUGCCGCCCUACCGUCUCCAGGAGCUCAUCGGCAAGGGAACUUUUGGUCGCGUGUACAAGGCGACCGAUCUCAAGACCAACAAGCUUGUCGCUGUCAAGAUGAUCGACAUCGAAGGGUCGGACACGCUCAGUCCGAAUCCGAAAUAUGCAGACACGUAUAGUGAGUUCCUCAAGGAGGUCAAUGCCCUCAAGCUCCUCAGCGAGGGUGGUGCAAAGAACGUCAACCACGUCCUCGACGCCCUCCCCGUCGGGCACUCGAUGUGGAUGAUCACCGAGUACUGCGCCGGCGGCAGCGUGGCGACUCUGAUGAAGCCCACCGCGCCCGGCGGCCUGCAGGAGAAGUGGAUCAUCCCCAUCCUCCGGGAGGUCGCCGAGGCCAUCUACUGGGUGCACCGCCAGGGCAUCAUCCACCGCGACAUCAAGGGCGCCAACGUCCUGGUGACCGAGGACGGCGGCGUCCAGCUCUGCGACUUUGGCGUCGCCGGCGUCAUCGAGACCAAGUUUGACAAGCGAUCGACUAUCAUCGGCACGCCCCACUGGAUGGCCCCUGAGCUCUUUGACGAGUCGACUGCCUAUGGCUGCGAGGUCGAUAUCUGGGCCUUUGGAUCCAUGGUCUAUGAGAUUGCGUCAGGCCUGCCGCCCAACGUCAUGGCGGGCUUGAACAUGACGCAGCUCGGCAACUAUCUCAAGCAGCAUACACCUCGCCUCGAGGGUGACCAGUACUCGGCCCAGCUCAAGGAUCUCGUGGCGUUUUGCCUCGAGGAGGACCCCAAGAAGAGGCCGACAAUCGAGCAGAUCCAGCAUCACCCGUACCUCUUCAACACCAGCGCUGCCUAUCCCACCUCGUCACUCGCAACGCUAGUCAAGGGCUUCAAACUAUGGGAAUCCCAGGGCGGGAGCAGAAAGUCGCUUUUCAACAUGGGCGGAGCACAAGCGCCUUCUUUCGACCUCGCAUCGACCGCCUUGGCCAACGACGAGUGGAAUUUCAGCACGACCAUGGAGCACGACCCACGCGCCUUUGACAAUUCAGACGCGCAGGCCGUCUACGAUGUCUACGGUUCGCAAGUCGAUCUCUCGGCCGCCGAGUAUGGCGAGGUGCCCUCUCGACCCCGGGGCAAGGGGCGCAGGCGCCCGCCCCCGCAGCUGCCGGUCCUCAAGGCGCCGCUUGAGAAGGUCUUUGACCCCAACACCAUAUCUAAUUAUGAAGAAAAUGCACGAGCAUACUAUGGAAAGCCCAUGCCGCCCCCGGCUGCCUCGGACCUUCCGCUGCGCGACAACUCGAUGCACGCGACGCUUCGAGAGUCCCUGAUCGACCUCGAUGCCUCCCUCCACGGCAGCGACCUGUCGCAGUUCGCUGACAUGGAGACCAUCCGUGCCGGGCCUCGCGCCUCCACCGACUAUGACAACGGAGACGCUGCCGACUUGAGCAAGCCGCCGCUCAGCGAUCCAGCUGACCUCAAGGAUAACCGGCGCACCCAGGACUGGAAGUUCCCCUCUAUGGCGCCCCCCGCUUCUGCCAACCCCGAAAUGUCACGCUUCCCCUUCCACGAAGAUCGUGUCAUGCCCGCUGUGACCCCGGGCUCGGGCGAGCGGCCGCCACUGACGCAUCAUCCGACCGACCCCGUGGUCCUACCCUCUCAGACGUACGACCUGGCCGUGCCGAGAGGCCAGGAUAAUCGUGCCUCUAUGAGCAGCCUGAUCGACCUGGACGAAAGCCUGCCUGAGCCCCUGCCUGACCUGAGCAGGCCGUCGACGGCCCACUCAGACGCCGGCUCGGUGACGGGGUCUGACUUUGGAGCCGCGAAUCCGUUUGACCUCGAGCGGCACUCUAUAGUCUAUCAAAAUAUCUCUUCUUCCAACCGCGAGCCGUCCAUCUACGUCUCGGACGACUCUGACUUUGCCCAGCUCGGCAAGGCACCGCCCGAGGGCCUCGUGGGGCUCGGCGACCUCGCCGUGCGCGACGAGACGUCGCGUCGGCGGGCUAUCGACAGCUACCUCGACGACACGGGCUUGUACUCGGGCGACGAGUACAUCGACUCGGACUACCUGGCCAUGCCGGACCGCGACCGCGGCAGCCGCCGUCAGCAGGCGACGGGUGCGGCGGCGGCAGCGGACGGGUCAGAGUACUCGGACGACCUCGCGGCCUCGCCGCUGCCGCCGCGACCGGACGCGCCGUCGGGCAGGGUUCUGGAGGGCCUGGCGAGCCGCGACGAGGUCAAGGACGAGCUGCAGCGCAUGCUCGCGAGCUUCCAGGAGCACAUCAGCUUUGCGAAGGGGCAUAUUUCCAGCUUGCCGGUGCGGAGUGCGGCGGGCACGGCGUUCGAUCUGCAGGCGGAGGAAUGA